CAUUCCUCACUCGCAGGGAAAGAGAUAUUUUGUGAGAUCCGAAUUAACCAGGAGACGAUAAGAGUCGCAUAAUUCUUCCCGGAUUCUUCUUCUGCUUCUCUUCUGCUUCUUCAAGGUAAUCCACCGCGAUAGAGUAGGAGAGAUCGAUCAUUCGAGGAACUCCGAUUCCCAAAUGUCUGCUGCUGUGAAUCUGAGCUGCUCGGUCGGGAAUCCGACCUCGGCGGCGCUCCUGCAUUCUGCUGCCGAUGGACGCCUUUCAAUUGCUAGAAGCCGCUGGGUUCCAACUGCAGUUAGCUUUCAUCACACAUUUAAGUCCAAGAAAGUCAUUUGUUUAAGAAGAGCACCUUUCAGAUUAGAUACGAGAAGAAUGAUGAUCAAGGUUACCAGAAACAGUGGUUCAUCAUCCUCAGGAGGCAAUAUAGAUGAAACAGAAUCCUUGGACAAAGAGAAGGUUCCUUUUGGAUACACAAGAAAGGAUGUUUUGUUGAUUGGUGUUGGAGUCACCUUAUUAGGCGUGGGGUUGAAAACUGGACUAGAGUUAGUUGGAGUUGAUCCUUUGCAAGCAGGCAAUGUGGUUCAGUUAGUCAUUGUCUUGGGCCUGACAGUCGGAUGGAUUUCUACAUACAUGUUUAGAGUUGCGAACAAAGAUAUGACAUACGCUCAGCAGCUAAGAGAUUAUGAGAAUAAAGUCAUGGAGAAACGCCUAGAGGGACUCACUGAAGCUGAAUUAGUGGCACUGCUCGAGCAAGUAGAAGAGGAGAAAAGGCACCCAAAAAGUAGUGAGCAGGUCAACUAACUGAAACCUCAAAGAAUCAUAUUAUAUAUAGUUCUGUAUAGUUUGGCUUAUUUAAUGUAUUUCUCGAUCGAUCAAGCCACAAUUUUCAAAGUUGAUGUCUGAUUAUCGCA